AUGACAGCUCAAUCCCGUCUUAAUGUCAUUCUUGGAGCUGGCAAUGUACAUUAUCUUAUCCGUUAUGAUACACCUGACGAAGUUAAUGCAUAUCUCAAUGCCUUCUACAACCGUGGCUACCGGCAAAUUGAUACUGCCCGCGUAUACUCGACCGGCGCACCAGGCACAUCUGAACCCCGACUAGGCGCUGUAGGAGCUGGUGAAAAUUUCAUUAUUGAUACCAAAGUGCUCUCGAGAGAGCCCGGAAGCCACAAAAGGGAAAAGAUUGCCCAAGAGAUUGAGAUAUCUCUUGAGGCCUUGCAAAUCGCUCAAAUCAAUAUUCUGUAUCUGCAUCAACCUGACCGAGCCACUCCUUUUGAAGAAACAUGCGAAGCUAUUGACGCGGCAUAUAAAGUGGGUAAAUUUAAGAAAUUUGGACUGUCUAAUUUUACUGCAGAUGAAGUUAAACAGGUUCUUGAAAUUUGUGAGCGUCGAUCGUUCGUAAAGCCUAGUGUUUACGAAGGGCAAUACAAUCCAGUUGUCCGAGGAGGAGAAAAAGAAUUAUUUCCUCUCUUACGCAGGCACAACAUUUCCUUCUACGCAUGGAGCCCCGCAGGAGGAGGUUUCUUCGCCGGAAAUCAUAAAAAUGCUAUAUCUGGUGGCCGUUUUGAUAAAUCAACUUUUCUUGGUGCAAUCUACUCAGCGCUGUAUUUGAAGCCUGCGAUUGAAGCAGCAACCGAAAACGCACUGGCAGUGGCUGCUAAGCAUGGAAUUAGCGGCCACGCUGCGGCGUUAAGGUGGACUGCAUAUCAUAGCGUACUUGACACCGAGUACGAUGAUGCGAUUAUCAUUGGCUCGUCUACGGUGGAUCAACUCAACUCCAAUCUCGAUGUCAUCGAGCAAGGACCUCUUCCAGAAGACAUUGUCAAAGCUAUCAGCGCUUUGUAUAAGGAAGUGGGAGAAGAAGAAAUUCCAUAUCACUUUUAGAGGCGAAAUGGCUGGUCGCGACAUCCGUCAUUCAC